UAUUAUUUAUGCUGCUUAAUGUUGUAUUUGUGUUGUCAGUUGUCCUAGAUGGUCUAAGCAGGAUAAAAGGACUUUUUCCGUAUUUAGUGGUAUUGGAUGGAGAAUGUAUUUAGAUCUAGAUCUAACCUUGACGGGUGUUGUAGUUUGCGGUAAUUGCCCUUCAUCUUCACAUAUCCCUUAGUCUGUUGGACCGUUGGGGGCACCACACAAGAUUAUUCGAACAUUUUUCUCCAUUCUUCACUAUCUUUUGUCUUGGACAGAACCUCUUUCAAUUGCAAGCCCGUCCAUUCUUUCAUGUGGUCUUCCAAUCGCUUUCUCUGUCUUCCUCUUCUUUUUUUCCUGGUACUGUUCCCUGUAGAAAAACUUGAAAUAUGACCAUAGAGAUUAAGUUUGAGGUUGUUUUUUUUUACAAUAGUUAGCAGGUCAUCGGGGGGUCCAAUCGCUGUAGUAACCCUGUCUCUAAUCUCUUUGUUUGUGCUGCGGUCUAUAAAUGUUAUAACUAGCAUCUCAACUCCAUUGCUAGGAUCCUGCUCUCUAGGUCUGCAGUCAGCGUCCAAGACUCGCAAGCGUAUAAGAAUAACCAAUUAGUCCGAUUGCGGUGUCAAGGGCUAUGCCUUUAUGUCUUUGUCUUUCCAUAUUGUUUUGGGUUCUGCAGUGCUGCUGUGGACUGUGCAAUUCGUGUUCAGGUUUUGGUUUCCUCAACGGAAACGAUAGCUCUGAGAUAUUUAAAACUACUGACACUUCUUAGCUUUUCACCUCCACUACUGAUGUCCCUUUAGAAGUUUACCGAUGGGUAUUAUUUAGGACGCACACUAUGUCAAGAGCACAAUGCUGAUAUGAUUUUCAAAGACUUUAUGUCCCAGUCUGUAACUUUACUAGGUAGGCCGAACUCUCUGUUGUCUGGAUUCAGUGGAGUUGCAUGCUAAGAAAAAUACGGACUUGAUCUCCUUGAACUACUUACACAAGACAUGGGUCUGAAAAGUAGCAAGUUGUCGGAUGAUGAGCUGAAAGAGCUACUCCAGUGUACUUACUUUGACAAGAAAGAACUCCAGCAAUGGUUCAAAGACUUCAUGCGGGACUGUCCAGACGGUAAACUGACCAUGGAGGAGUUUCAAGGAAUUUACCAACAAUUUUUCCCACAUGGAAAUCCAGACAAGUUUGCCAGCUACGUGUUCAAUGCCUUUGAUUCGAAUAAAGAUGGUUUCAUCUCAUUCCAGGAAUUCAUCCGUGCCUUGUCCAUUACAUCCAGGGGAUCACUGGACGAGAAGUUAGAUUGGGCAUUCAGUCUGUAUGACCUUGACAAUGAUGGACAAAUCACAAAAGCGGAAAUGGAAGAGAUAGUGGAUGCCAUUUACAACAUGGUGGGCAACCUUAUGGAGCUUCCCAAAGAUGAAGACACGCCCCAUAAGCGGGUGGACAAAAUAUUUCAACAAAUGGACCUUAAUCACGAUGACAGACUUACAAGGGAAGAAUUUCGAGAAGGUUCUAAGUGUGACCCCUGGAUUGUGCAAGCACUGACCAUGGAGCUCCCAAGCAACUUACACUGACCAGCAUUUAAUGUAUCAUAUUUGUCCAUGCUAAAUUUAAGUUCUUUUUUUUUUUUUGGUUUUGCAUUAAAAUCACGUGUCCUUACCUCAUUGAUUAAUGUAUGUAUGUUUGAAAUAUUAUUUUUUAAUUAGGCUUUAUUUAAAUAAAAAUACAGCAGACAGACAAUAACACUCUCCUGGUCACGACCAACAGAUGACAGUAUGAAUACAAAUACAAACACGAAUACAAGCACGAGCAAUACGAAGGUUAAGGACGACAGGACACCAGAUGUCAAGAACAUGGCGACUGCAAUACUUUUUCCUAGACGUUGACAGGAGCUGUUUCAGUGUCGGUAUUUUUUUCUAGUUAGAUAGCUCGAAUCAAAUGACUAUUCAUUAUCACCAUUAUAUUAGGAAAUAAUUAUAUUAUAAAUUAUAUCAUGUCAAAGCAGAUUUACAAAACUUUUUAUUAAAUUGCUCAAUAUUUAUAAUUCCAUAUUUUCACAUUGACAAGUAGGCCCAACAUUGUUAUAACAAAAAUUUCAUUGUUGAAAUUGGUAAGAAAAUGUACAUUUGUAACACAAUUUUUUUUUAUUCGAAGGUGCAAAUCUCGAACCAUUAUAAUAACAGAUCAAGCUACACCGUCACCUAUCCCUUAGUCUGAUAAGCUAUUUAUAAGUAAAAAAUAAAGUAACUCUUUCGAAGCUUGCGAUCUAUAGGGUAGAUGACUUAGUCCUUCCGCGCCGUUCGGCGCAUUGGGCGGCAAGCUGUCUCCACAAAGAUCUGUCACUUACAAUGUCUGAAGCCUCCAAUGGCUUGGCUUAUCCAAAUAGGCUGAAGCCUUUGGAAAAUGCUCCCUGCCUUUCCUAUUUGGCACGCUACGUCAUUGUAGGCAUUCCCAUCAUUUGUUAUGAUGCUUUCAAGGUAAGUGAACUUGUCCAACUCUUCAAGCUUUGACUCGCGAAGUCUGACGGGGACACCCUUUGCCUUAUAUCCCACUCGCAAAAUUUUUAGUCUUAUCCUUAAUUGUUGUGUGCCUCUCUAUCUAGGCUCUACGGCAUUUCUUGCAUGCAUUUAUUUGUAGCCCCCAGUAGUGCAACAUCAUCGGCGAAGUCCAAGUCCGUCAAUCGGAGUUGUUCAUGAUAUGGAAUACCAAAGGCAGUCUGGUUCAUUGCUCUCCUCAUUAUGUAGUCGAUGGCUAGGAGGAAGGGAGAUAAGAUGCACCCCUGUCUCACACCUGUCUCAAUGCUAAAAAAAAAAAAUCGGUUGUUCCUUCUUCUGUUUUAAUGCAGCAAAUAGAUUGACUGUAUAAGUGUCGUAGAAUCUGGACGAAUUUUUCAUGGAUGCCGUAUUCUCUAGCUAUUUUCCAUAGUGAUUCUCGUUGGACACUAUCAAACGCUGUCUUGAAGUAUACGAAACUGAUUAUUAGCUGUUGUUGGUACUCAAGACUUUGUUCUAAGAUAUUUCGUAGAGCGAAGAUCUGCUCUGUACAUGAUCUGCCUCUUCGUAAGCCUGCUUGUUCUUCUCGGAGCAUCUCAUCUACAGACUGUUGAAACUGUAGAGGAGAUAGGGUAGAUGAUGGUUGUAUGUUUCUAUGGUCGACGGUUAACGAGGGUGUCAUGUGGCCAGACAACGACCAACUCUUUACUUUCCCCCCAACUAAUGUCAGGUACCCAUUAGAGAUGGGUGGACGCAGUGGUACCCUAAAAUCCCGAAAUUAAAAAUCCCAUUCUUCACCGAGAUUCGAACCCGGGACUUAUCAGUUCGGAAGCCAAGUGCUUUAUCAUUUGGCCACCACGGCCUUUUUUACUGUAGUGCAAGAGCUUUUUUUUAAAUACGAUAUAUAUUUCAAACAGAGAAUCCAAACAUUUUGCCCACAUCUGGUUUUUCUGUGGUGUAAUGGGAGAGAACUGUCCUUGAGUUGUGUAUCAGUUUUAAAGAGUUACGCAGUGAGAAGUGCUUUCAUUAUUUUUCCGAUGGUAUUUGUGACAGAGGUUGAGGUAAUUUAAUUAGUCUCAAAAGUUGGUGUUUAUAUGACACUCUUGUAUUUCCAUUCCAGCAAGUAUUAUUUGUAUUUUUUAAAAACCAAUUAUAAUCAUCAUUGUAUAUGCUAUUUAACCUCUAUUAUCUGACAUUCUAUUCUAUCUAUAUAGUAAUAUUAAUUUAGUCUCUUCUAAGUUGAUUGACAAUUCGCUUUUAAGUUUCAGUGUUUCUUCAUAUAUGAAGUAUUCCGUCACAUCACAUUUGUCCAUAGCAACAUUGAAAGUCAAGGCCUACAUAUAUGUAAUAUAAGCUCUGAACGGACCUCAUUCACCAAUAGUAAACAAACAAUAUUGAGUCACGUGCUUCUCUAUCUCUUCUAUACAAAUUACGAUCUAAUUUAAAUCAACAAUGGUUAUCAAGUGACAGUUUUUUUUUCCGUUGUUUUAUCAAUAUUUUCACGCGACCGUUCGUUUUGGUGAAUGAGGUCCAUUCUCUUCAGUAAAAUCAAUUUUUCUAACAAAAGCCAUAUUUAAAUUAUACAUAUAUAUGUUUAUUUGGCUUACGUUUUUUGGCGAAAGUGCUUAUUUAAAAAAUUAUUCUCAUUAUUUAACAAAUAAAAUGUUAACUCAUGUAUUUUAUGUUUUUUUUUUUUUUCUUCUUUUAUUUGAUUUGAUUUCUAAGUUUUGGACAUGUCUUCAGAAGUGAACACGAUUACGUCCCUUUACUUUUGUGUACACGUUGCUUUGACAGUUAGAGUAAGCAAAUCUUCAUAAAUGUUAUACUCCCCGGGUGAAAUUGAUGCUUGAGACUAUCGUAAUGAAACUAAUGACAGUCCAGGGAUCAUACUAAAAAUCCAAGCAAAAGAACUUUCUAGUGUACUUUGCUAAAAA